AGCUGUCAUGUCUCACGAGCGGAGAUGAGCUUCAAUCAAAGUCAACAUGAUCAUGAAGAUCUGCGAGGCGACUCUUUUGUCCUAAUAGCAUCCGUGAAAAAUUUCUCUACACGGUGUGCCUCGGUGUAUUCAUAUUGCAGCUCCGGAAAGACUUAUUAACCUUAAGACUGCACGAUCUUUUUCUAAUCGGUUCCCCUGCGACCCUAUCUCCGAUGGAGCGGUUUGCGUAGUAGAGCCCUGGUCAACAUCGUCAUUCAGUGUCAGUUUCAGUCUACUUCUGACAUUAACUACUAUCAUUCAAAGGAAUUUUUUUCCAAUACAAAGAGGACCAAGUAGAGUAGAUUGUGAUUGACAUCAUGACUCAUCAAUUCCUGCUCCUGGGCAACCAUUUUCAAUGUUCGUACACAAAAUUUUUGACAUACCUCUGGAUUGGGUUUACUACUACUACUAGUACUCCUACAUGAUUUUGGUCUUCUUCGGUCUCAAAUCAUUAAUGGUGAAUCCCACGGUUCCAAGGAACAAGAAAGUUGUAGAUACACAUUGUACAACACAUUCACAACCACAACAAGAAGAAGAAUGACCACAGCAAGAACUGCUAGUACUUCGUGGCACAGCUCUCGGCUGUACCAUGAGAUGGUACGCAGACCUGUCGGUCGCAUGCAUUUGAGCCAGGCUUUGCAACGAGAAUUGAUUCAAGAUGCAGGCAACCGCUUAGCGAAUGAUCCAAAACAACAACCGAUGACACUGGUGGAAUGGAUGAAAGGUUCUUACUUGAAAUCCGAAUAGGUAGUUAACAAUGCCCAGAAACACAGAUCGUGCCUUCAACUUGCUGCAGUACGCGGUAGCUCUUGUUCUACUCUUUUUUGAGCAUCGACCUGAAGUGUUUUGCUUUUCCGGUGUUUGCAUGCAUGGAUGUAGUUUUUCUCUAAGUAACUGAAACGAACAAUCCCCGCCUCAAGCAGGUAUCGGCCUUUCCAACGAAGGCAACUUACUCGCCAAAGCUGUAGAGCAGUAUGACAAUCGCCUAGACUAUUUCGUCAAUGACGAUUUUGACGCGCCUGACGGCGAUGGUUGGAGGAGCUUAGGACUCGAACUAGAAGACGAGAUACCUCCCGCUUUGCAGGACAUACAGCCUCCACCCACUCUGUCCUUAUGCAAAAUAAGAGCAGGUGGAAGUAAUAACAACGCCAGUAAAUUAAGGCAACCGCUUCUCAGUACUUAUAUAUCAUCCUUUAUGAAACGAAAAUCUGUUAUCAUUAUCAAGUUUCUUAAGUAGAAAAGUACGAUAAUGAUAAGAGAUUUUGGAUUCAUAUCCUUGGCUCGUCUUUUUCUACUUGGACUACAAAAGAUACCAAGGGUGCACUCAGAAGUACUGACGCGGUAGCUCAUCUACUAAGUAAAACAAACAGUCAAAUGGACGUGCGGUUGAGACUUGUUUUUGCGCUGCAACGAAUUAAGGAGAACGGAAUCCCAAGAGAAGCGCAGAGGAUACGACUGAAUCAGAAGUUGGCACUGCGAGAGGAGAAUGAAGAGAAAGCUUAUGAAAGGACAAUCAAAAUGGCCAUCCAUAUCGCGAAGCAAGUAUCAAUAAGUUUAGCUUUCCACUUUUCCUUUCUUCUUCUCACGACCGCCAGCUUUUUCCAUCUCUCUAGAACGACAACUAAUCCUCAGCAAAUGAUAGUCCUGGUACUGCUGAAAUAACUCACUCUCACUAGUACAAAAAACUCAAAAGAAGAUAUUUCACCCCUCUCUAUUAAGACAACCCCUCUCUAUGCUUCUUGUCUUUUCUCAGCAUUUCUAAUCCCUUCGCAAAGCUCAAGAAGCCAAAGGCCCAAGCAAUCGCCUUCGCGUCGGCACCAACUACCUUGCUGGAAAAGGGGCGAACAAUACCAUUCGUAGUAACCCGAUCCAAGAGUUUCUUGAGGGCAUUGACCAGAGGUUGGCGACGAAGUAUGUCAGGAUUUUGUCCAGAAAUUUCGAAUUUUUGGAGGAUUUGGAUGAAACCGCACUGUUUUUCUUGGAUAGAGCAGGAUGUCAGGUUUUGGCAUGGGAACGCAUGGCAUUGUUGAAAGCAAUAAGGGAGUAUAGAGCGAGGUUGUAAUGAUUCAGCUAGUGAAGAUGGUUAAAACAUGUAUGUGGAACUUUUCUUUUCGUAAUGUCAUUUUCGGCGUAGAAGUAGUUGUCGUGCCACUACCAACAUUCCCACUGUUAACAAGUACUGGUUUUUGCGUAUGUAGUCACCCACACAAGAAGUGCAUCCUAGUCAUUUUGUAGUGUGUCAUGGCAUUUUAACGAGAUGUUAAAAAGGAUCAUGCAACAAGCUGGUUCGCCAUCGAUUGAACUAU